AUGGCUCAUGAACGGCGCCGGAAAAUAGCCAGUUCUGACUCUGAAGAUGAAUGUUACAACAAUAAGUAUAAAAAUCCACGAUAUAACUCUCCAAGAGCAAUAAUGUCUUCCAGAAAACGAAAUGCCGAAUCCAGAGAUGAACGUGCUAAACGACGCAACCUUUACCGAGAGGAACGGGAAAAACGUGAACGUGAUUAUUCUCGGUCCAGUCGAAGACGUAAGGACAAAGAUAGGAGUAAAGAUAGGACACCUAGCUCCAAGAAGUCUAUAUCACGGAAACAGGAAGUGAAGAGGAAAGCUUGGAGUACCGAAAUGUUAUUCAGUAUUCUUUCUGCAUCUUCUUAUCACUGCCCAAGGGUGGUUGAAUCAUCACACAUUCCACAGCUUCUGUGCCCUCGGUCUCCUGCUGACCUGUCUAGGUCCCCAGACGGUAGAAGCAGGCAGUUCAGACCGACCUAUUCUCCGACAUCCUCGUCUGCUUCUACAAGACAAAACUCUGUCCUUAUUUCUCCUACUCCUGUACGCCGCCAUUAUAUUUCACAUCGUCUUCCUCAACGUGGAGUGCUCGAAAGUGGACCACAAAAGCAGAACGCAGCUUUUGUUAGUGACGGUUCCGCAGCUAUGCUUCGCAAAGUUGAUGGUUCACCGUUAGCCUUACGGAGAAUGCCACUUGUUGUCAUUCCCCGUAAAAGGAAGUACAAAAACUUCGUGAGCCGUAGGCGUAAUAACCAGUUAUUGGCUAGUUUACGGAAGUGCUCAUCAGAUCCAAAUUUGUAUAAAAGCUACAAUUGUUGGAAGAAUUUGUCACAGCCUUUUACUAAUGCACAAAAAGCAGAAACUUCUGUCAGAGGUGCUGUUCAACCCAAGCCCGAUGUUCCUCCGAUUCCAGCUGAAUCCGCCCCUGCACCAGCGAUCACAACGAACAUCGGUUCUCCACAUUCAAGUGGACAACAAAAAUCUGUGUUAACAAAACAGAUCUCAGGUAAAUUAACCGAGUUAAAAAAGAAUGAAGCCGUUCGAGCUUCACUCAAAGUUCCUUCCAAAGUCGGACCAGCAACUUCUCCGGGAGGAGAUUCUUCGAUUUCCACUGCUUCCGAAAUUGGUCCGACUACUGUAUCCAACAGAUCCAACAAUCCUGUUGUACCCAGUCAACCUAUGCCGACCACGAAACCACCUUCUCCGAUGAGUAAAACUACAUCUGUGGAUGUGCCUUCUAAGAACGCGGUGAAACCACCGUUGGCAAAGCAAUAUUCUCUCCAAAAACCUGGAGUUGUUGUACCAGAACCCAAAAUAGGUAUUCCUAAAUCGUCUGCUCCAUCUCCAUCCACUCCAUCGGGAACGACUAUGAACACACCAAUGGAGUCACCCAAGCCCUCAUCAGUGCUGAAAACUCCGGAAUCUGUUCGACGGAUCGAUGGAAUCGAGCUUAUACCACGAGCAGAUCCUUCUGUUACACCCUCCGCUCCGAAAGCAUUACGCAAAGCCUAUGGCUCGAAGAGUGGAACUACGAUUUGCGCAGUAGGGUCUCCUUUGGCUUCCGCAUCAACCGAUGUACCAUCACCUCAUCCUCCCGGUGAAGACCAACGUUUAAUUGAGAAAAAACUCGGCCUGAGGAGGAAGAAAAAUGAAGCCGGAAAGGAAGGUUUUGUUGGACUCCCACCUGUAUCUAAAUCCGGUGUUGAUUUAGUAGACAAGACGGAUCAAGCUGCUGAGAGGAAAGCCAAAAAAACAGUUAAUGCCGUAACUGCAGCGUUUACUGGUGCCCCAGAAGCUGUUCCUGAUAAAAAAGAAAAACCGAAAGAGCAACCUUCUACAAAGCCACCUAACCCUACUAAUCCAUUAGCUAAUAGCCUUUUGGCUCAACUUCAAUUGCCGGCUUCGUUGACUGCAAAAGUAGAUAAAAUUAUUGCAUCAGGGGAUAAAUCAAGACGGUCGAAAGUUGCUCCUCAGGUAGAGAAAAGUAGACGCGAACCUUCUAGACAACCUAGCGUUUCUAAACCCAUCCAAGAUGACAAAGACGGUCAUUUAAUCUAUCAUAAAGGGGAUCUGAUUUUAAACAGAUUUGUGAUAGUUUCCACAUUAGGAGAAGGAACUUUCGGCAAAGUCGUUCGAGUUGUCGACAAGGAAAACGGUGAUAAAGAAUUAGCUUUAAAAAUUAUCAAAAAUGUGAGCAAGUACCGCGAUGCUGCUCGUUUGGAGGUCAAAGUGUUGAAUAAACUGAAGGAGAAAGAUCCGUCUGGCAAGUAUGGAGUUAUUCAAAUGUUACAUCAUUAUGAUUACUAUGGUCAUAUCUGUCUUCUCUUCAAACUCAUGGGAUUGAGUGUGUUCGAUUUCUUGAAAGAGAACUGUUAUCGUCCAUAUCCGCUAGAGCAGACGAGAUAUAUCGCGUAUCAGUUAUGCUAUUCAGUGAAAUUUUUACAUGAUAACAAGUUAACUCAUACGGAUUUAAAGCCUGAGAAUAUCUUAUUUGUAAACAGCGAUUUUAGAGUAGAGGAAACAAAACGAGGAAAGCCUUACAAGAUUGUGAAAGAUGCGCGAGUACAGUUGAUUGAUCUCGGUUCAGCCACUUUCGAUCACGAGCAUCAUUCGACAAUUGUCUCAACCAGACAUUAUCGAGCACCCGAAGUCAUACUCGAAUUGGGCUGGUCUCAACCGUGCGAUGUCUGGUCCAUUGGCUGUAUAUUAUAUGAACUAUAUCAAGGAGGAACUCUUUUCCAAACUCAUGAAAAUAGGGAGCAUCUAGCUAUGAUGGAAAGAAUAUUAGGCCCAAUCCCUUAUCGAAUGGCUAAGAAAACAAAGACGAAGUAUUUCUACCACGGUAAAUUGGAUUGGAGUUUAUCUUCGCAAGAAGGACAGUAUGUUAGAGAAAAUUGCAAGCCUUUAAGGCGGUGUAUGCAGUCUAACGAACCGGAUCAUGUCGAACUAUUUGAGAUGAUUGAGGCUAUGCUCGAGUAUGAACCCAGCUCACGGCUCACGCUAGACCAAGCUUUACAACACAAGUUUUUCCAAAAACUACCGGAACAUAUCAGGGUUCAAAACAUUCCUCUUAUAGACUCAGUUCGUUCAACUCAAAAUAGCACAGAUCAGACUUCCAAUCAUCUUGAAGCAAUCGAUGUGAACGUUCAACGCUCGUAA